GGCAGUGUUCCGACAGAAGCAGUCCAUCCACCGAACUGUAAGGAGUCCGAACCGAAGAAGCCCAGCUUCCGACCCGAAGCGUUCUGCUAUGGGUCACGAGGCGACCGGCUUCAGGCCGCCGACGGCGGCCAGGGACCGCCCCGACGCUGGCGCCGCGGCCCCUCGCUCCCGCAUCCCCCGCCGCCGCCAGAUACGCAAGACCUUCAACAACCUCAAGGUCACCAUUCUCUGCGGCGUCGUCACCAUCCUCGUCCUCCGCGGCACUGUCGGUAUCGGCAACCUCGCCGGCUCCGGCGGUGACGCCUUCGCCGCCGACCAGAGGGUCGUCGAGGACAUCGACCGCAUCCUCCGCGAGAUACGCUCCGAUUCCGACCCCGACGACGAGGACCAGAUCCACUCCGGCUUCAAUUCCACCACCGCUACCGCCCUCAACUACACCUCCUCUGACGCCCUCUUUGCCGCUGCCGCCGCUAACUACACCCUCGGCCCCAAGAUAUUCGACUGGGACGUGCAGCGGCGGCGGUGGCUGGCGGAGAACAGGGGGUUCCCGAGCCAAACCCCAGCCGGAAAGCCGCGGAUCAUCCUCGUCACCGGAUCGCCGCCCAACCCCUGCGACAAUCCAAUCGGCGACCACUACCUCUUGAAGGGGACCAAGAACAAGAUCGACUACUGCCGCCUCCACGGGAUCGAGAUCGUCUACAACAUGGCACACCUCGACCGGGAGCUCGCCGGGUACUGGGCCAAGCUCCCGCUGAUCCGGCGGCUGAUGCUGUCGCACCCGGAGGUGGAGUGGAUCUGGUGGAUGGACAGCGAUGCGCUCUUCACCGACAUGGCCUUCGAGAUCCCUCUCGACCGCUACGCCGCUCACAACCUCGUCGUCCAUGGCUACCCUGAUCUCAUUUUCGAGAAGCAUUCCUGGAUCGGCCUCAACACCGGAAGCUUCUUGCUGCGGAAUUGCCAGUGGAGUCUCGACUUGCUCGAUGCCUGGGCGCCAAUGGGACCUAAAGGCCCAAUUCGCGACGAGGCCGGCAAGAUGCUCACGGCAAACCUGAAGGGCCGGCCGGCAUUCGAGGCGGACGAUCAAUCGGCGCUCAUUUACUUGCUAUUGUCGCAGCAGGAUCGGUGGGGCGACAAGAUCUAUAUCGAGAAUUCAUAUUACUUGCACGGAUAUUGGGCUGGGUUGGUGGAUAGGUAUGAGGAGAUGAUGGAGAAGUAUCAUCCAGGCUUAGGGGACGAGAGGUGGCCAUUCGUGACGCACUUUGUUGGCUGUAAGCCAUGUGGUAGCUAUGGGGACUAUCCUGUGAAGAGGUGCUUGAGAAGCAUGGAGAGAGCUUUCAAUUUUGCGGACAACCAGGUGUUGAGGAUGUACGGGUUUGCGCAUGGGAAUCUGGCCAGCCCCAAGAUUAGGAGGACCGAGAAGCAAACGGCGAAGCCAUUGGAGUUCUUGGAUCAGCUCAAUCUUGAAGCCAGGGUAGAAACCAGAGGGUGAGGAAGGCCAUCUAUAUAAUCCUUGUGCCGCAAAAUCUCAGGGUUUUUAUGUAGGAAGGAAUAUGGACAGCAAGGGAUUAUUUUGUAACACCUUCAAAUGUUUUCUCUUACAUUCUGUGUAAUGAUGAUCAACAUGUUCCAAUGACUAUCUUUUGAACAGGAUUAAAACUUUAAAGGAUGUAACUCAUUUUUUUUGUUGUGUUUAUUAGAGAAAGAUGACAGAGAAACCCUUGUGGCUGAUAACAUGAGAAAUUUACGAGAAACAGAGGAAGCACCAUUUCUUAUAGAUCUCUUCAUGUCAGAAGGCCAUCUUAAUUUUGCAGUAGAAUCCCUAUCCUUAGCUUUUUGACUCGGUAAACAAUAUUAGCUGGUGAAGAACUGAGAAUUUCGGAAAAGGAACCUAACUUAUGUGUCAAGAAAAAUGAUCCUCUUGAGCACCUUCGUCGUCCAAUUUUUGGACUUCUUUUCUUCUAUGAGCUCAGACUAUUACACUUCUUUUGCAGAAUAUUACAUAUGAAAUCACUUGUUUUACUUAUCAAGAUGUUUGUGGCUUUCUACUUAAGCUAGUUUCUUCCAUCUACAUUCAUUGCGAGUCUGUGAGAGAUUACAUAACAUAAACAAUAUAGCCUUACAGCUUUCUCAAACAAUGCUUAUAGUGCUUCGGGGAUCACAACUUACUAUACCUAUAAAGGUUUGUAGAAUUUGAGUGUCAUGAUUGGAUGCAACUUACCUACUAAUCCAAUUAUAUGGAUAGAAUAGGCCUUAAAUCACAUGAUCUAAAAUGGUUUAGACGAUCACUUGUAGGCCACUCUAAUCUCGUAGACCAAUUUGAUAUAUCAUUAUUUUCCAAUGUGGGAUCACAAAAUCACCACCAAUCUUUGCCACUCAAUGGUCUGACAUCUUCGUUAGGGUCCACAAUCCAAAAUCAUUCCCCAGUGGCACUGCAAUAAUAACUUCAUAAGGUAGGCAAUGGCUAUUGUCCCGCUAAUCAACAAAUCCAUAGUUCUAACAUCACCCUACUACAUUUUGUCACUAGCUAAUCAAUAAGAUCUACUAGUCCAAUAUUUUUCAGUAAAACAAGAGUUUACCAUGUCAUCUAGAUGCCUAACUCGAAAUUACUUGUAAUAAAGCCACGAAGCCCUAUCCACCGGUCCGAUCCAUCAUUUUCUGAAGUGAAAUUAUUAUCAUUAUGUUAAUGCUACUACUUCCACCUAGUUGUCGUUUAUCAUUACCCAUCAUUUUGUCUUCCUCUAUCAUUUUUAUUGGGAAUCUACUGAAAUAAUUUUUUGGGAUUAAUGAAUCACAUAGAAGAAGGAUACAUUUUUUUUAUUUUCUUCAUUUCCUUCUUUUUAAAUUUUUAUUGACACCUAUAUUGCUCAUGCCUCAUUUGGGAACU